AUGGAAGCAGGAUCGGCAUGGUUAGAGAAGGAGGUGGGCAACGAGAAGAUCGCGUGGAAGGCGUCCGCCUGCCGCAACAAGAUCAUCAGGUUCAUGAAGGAUAACGCUCCCCAAGGCGGCUGGAAGAUAGACCGUGCGACGGCGAUGGCUAUCGGCUGCGGACGGUGACAUUGGGGUAGCGGGCCAGCGCAACAAAGACGGCCGUGAGCGCAAGCAGCUUGCCGUCUUCCUGGACAUCGUGGACUACUGUGCGUUUCUCCUCGCGCCGCAUCAUCUCCAUGCUAUUGAAAGCUGAUGCGGGACUACAGUACAGGAGAAAGCCGGCGAGAAGGAGAUCGCUCUCUACGCCCGAGAUCCUAUCAUCAAGGAUACAGACAGGCGAGUCCUCGCCGCUUUCAACAUCUCCGUUACCGAGUCCCGAAGCGCCGAGUCCACCGCCGAUCCCGGCUCCUUUCACUAUGUGGCCAUGUGGGAUCAAGACGAAGUUGUCCCCGCGAAGAAGCCGACUCUGUUCAUUGGGCGCCCAUACAGCAUGGUCGAGGGUCAGGCAAACGGACUGGCAGAGGGUGGAUGCAAGAGGGAGAUCACAAAGGAGAAUCAGCAGCUCCAUAAGAGCAUCAAGGACGCAGAGAAGCAGUAUGCGAGAAUGGAGAUCUGCGAAGGCAUGUGCGAGCAUCGCCAGGCGCAGGCGGGCAAGAAAGGUCGGAUUGCAAUGUCAACCCUUUGGCUUUGGUGCAAGACUUCGUAG